UUUCGAUGUGCUGUCGCUCAUCGACAUUGAAUGCUUCGGGAAAUGGUAGGCCACGCAGUUAGCGUAUCAAAUGUUUGAGGAAGAAGAUUUUUAAUGUUUUAGAUUUGUAUUUUUCGAGCAAGAAGAAGCCACAUAGUGCAAGUUAGUCGCAGGGCUUUCUACGAACGGUAGAGAAACGCUGCAGUUCCAGUCGUGUCUGCAUGCCUCGCAAUAGUAAUAAUAAUAACAAUACCCUGUUUUAUCAAGAUGGCAAAUAGUAUCGGACGGUAUAGGAAAAUAAAAAUUUCAUAACUUGAUAUAUUAUAAAACAUGGAAACGGCUGCUGUUAACUUACCUACUGUUCCAAAACCAUCGCUAUGCGUUUGGUCGGAUUUAAGUGUUCACAACAUGGACGAACUAGCGAAAUGCUCGAGCACGACCGAAACUAGGAAGCUGCUAGCGAACAUAUUUAAUCUCGGCAAUAACGCACGGGGUAACAUUCUAUUGGACUUAUACAUGAACUCUUUGAAAUUUGCAAAAACACAGAACUUCAGCAAAGAACAAUCUUCCGCGUAUUUUUCAAUCGUGAAAAAGACACACGAGGUCUGCGUGUCGACUCCGUUCGGCAAUCUUGAAAGUUGUUUUGCAUUUUUUCGGGAGCUGGUUCUUACCCACGGAGUACAUCGACCGCCGUGGAGUUUGGAAAUUUUUAACACGGCGCAGAUUUCGGCAGUCACAAGUCAAAUCGUGGACACUUAUUUCAGACAUUUUAAAAUGUACAAAUACACGUUUACGCCCAAAGUGCGCCUAGAUUUGACUUUACAGUAUGAGGGUCUACCUCCUACCCCUCCACCAGAAGAGGAGACUCCUAUUCAAGCUGAUUUAGAAGAACAAACUCCAGAGAUUGAUGUCUCUGCAUCUCCAGAAGCGGCCCAAGGAGCAAAGGAAGAAAUUUUACCAGAAGAGCCAGUUAAAAAAGAUGAGAAUUUAAGCGAGUUGGAAAGUAUUGUACGGAAAGCUGUGAGCUUACAGUUAAAACAAAUGCACGCUACUGUUGAGCGACAACUGGAAGACACAGACAAAGCAAUUAAUGAAAAAAUUCAAAGCUUGGAAGGCGGGCAUGGCACUCCAAAAGGUCGCAAAUCCAAAUCUCCUAAAGGAAGUCCAAAAGGAAAGAGAAAAGCAUAAAUGUUUUAAUUUUAUAAUUAAAUGAUUUUUUAACUUAUUUUUAUACUAUUUUCUGUGAGCGCAUGGGUCAAUAUAUUAUAUUUCAUUGGAUAAAAACAAUGGUAAAAAAAGAUCUUCAAAAUGGUAGCAUAAUAGCUGCCACACCAAUUGCCAUUUGGCAACCCUAGCCUUUGCUGUGUUACUAUGGCUUUCAUUGUAUAGAACAGUACAGAUUAUACAAAAUUUUCCUUCA